AUGGAUAUGAAAAAAAGAGAGUUUGCAGAACCAGAAGACUCUGGAUUUAGCGCAACAUAUGAUCCUUUAAAUGGAGACUCAUUUCAUAAGAGAAUGAAGCUUGAAAGAGAAGGAGGAGGUGGUGAACUUAGUUUGAUUGAAAGAUUUUUAACACUUGUAUCUAUCUCUAUAUCGAUAUCUAUCUUUGAUGAUAUGAUUCAUCAUAGUGAGGAACAUAUAGGGCCAAGUGCAGUUGUCCACUGCCGUGGGUUACCACAAACUACUACAGAAGGUGAAAUAACUACACUCUUGUCAUCAUAUGGAAGAGUAGAGUCAGGUAUGCAUACUUAUUUAUAA